GCAUUCUGACUUAAAUGCUCGAGCGUUGCACAAGUAGGUGACAGGGAUUUGUUCGAUAGUUGGGAACCAUAUUUCCAAUGUGAACACAAAACGUCUGCUGAUAUGGUCUCCGAAUUCAAGCCGAGAGAUCUCAGUUUUACAGCGAUAAAAAACUUCAUUCUUCGUAAGAAGCCCACAGAAGUCGAUGAAACCAUUGAACCGAAGGAGAACGGUGAACUCAAGUCUGUUUUAGCCGAGCAGACCGAGGCAGAGCCUGAGCGAGAGACCUGGACCGGAAAGCUUGACUUCCUUCUCUCCUGCAUUGGCUAUGCUGUUGGACUUGGUAAUGUCUGGAGGUUCCCUUACCUAUGUUAUAGGAAUGGCGGUGGAGCAUUCCUCAUCCCGUACGUUAUCAUGUUGGCGUUUGCCGGGCUUCCGCUCUUCUUCAUGGAGCUGGUCCUCGGCCAGUUUGCUUCGCUUGGUGCCAUCACAAUAUGGAGGAUCUCGCCCAUAUUCAAAGGUUUAGGCUACGGGAUGCUCGUGGUCACGUUCCUGACAUGCAUCUACUACAAUGUGAUCAUCACCUACACCAUCUUCUACCUAUUCUCCUCCUUUGCCGCUGAGGUGCCCUGGGCGAGCUGUGACAAUACUUGGAACACGGAACUAUGCUACCGGUCAGAGACAAUAGAAAGGGAUGAAAAGGGAGACGCCCUCAAUCAGACAGAGUGCGUAAACAGCACAUCUGCGGACGGUGUGACAUCAUUUUUAAAUUGUACCGUUUUGCCGGCAGUGAACUUGACAGGAAGAACGUCGCCAAGUUUAGAGUACUGGCACCGUUACGUACUUGAGAUCUCCGAUGGCAUCGGCGAGAUGGGUUCAGUCAGCUGGAAGUUGGCGCUCUGUCUCCUGCUGGCCUGGAUUAUUGUGUUCGCGUGUCUGUGUAAAGGGGUCAAGUCAUCCGGGAAGGUGGUUUACUUCACAGCCACCUUUCCCUAUGUUGUCUUGGUGAUCCUCCUCAUCCGGGGCGUCACGCUGCCAGGAUCAGCUGAAGGUGUCCUGUUCUACGUCAGACCUGACUUUGAAAAGUUGAAAAAUGCCAAGGUAUGGGGUGAUGCAGCCGUCCAAAUCUUCUACUCACUAGGGCCAGCAUGGGGAGGACUCAUUACCAUGGCAUCGUACAACAAAUUUAAUAACAAUUGCUACAGGGACGCCAUCAUCGUCGCCGUGUGUAACUGUGGAACAAGUGUGUUUGCCGGUUUUGCCAUUUUCUCCGUGAUAGGGUUUAUGGCCUACAGCGUGCAGCAGCCGGUAGCGACAGUGGCGGACUCGGGUCCAGGCCUGGCAUUUGUCGCCUAUCCGGAGGGUAUCUCACGGAUGCCAGUAGCUCCACUCUGGGGGAUCCUUUUCUUCUUCAUGCUGAUUACUCUUGGUUUGGACAGCCAGUUCACCAUGAUGGAAACUAUCAUCAGUGCAGUCGUUGAUGAAUACCCACGACAACUCCGUCCAAUUAAAACCUGGAUCACACUUGGACUAUGUGUGUUGAUGUUCCUACUGGGACUUCCUCUCGUUACCAACGCAGGCAUUUACUACUUGACCCUCAUCGAUUGGUAUGCUGGUGGUUUAUCUCUCAUGCUUAUUGGUUUACUCGAGACAUUCGUAGUUAGUUGGAUUUACGGCUUUCCCCGUUUCCUCGAAGAUAUCAAGAUGAUGAUAGGCUUCAAGCCGAACUAUUACUGGGUGGCUUGUUGGACCGUGCUUACUCCGGGCCUUAUUGUGUUCAUCAUCAUAUUUUCGAUGUCUAACUACGUGCCAGUGAACUAUGCAGACUACAAGUACCCGGGCUGGGCGGAGGCGUUAGGCUGGCUGAUGUCCGCGUCCUCCAUCAUAUGUAUACCCAUCCUCAUGAUAGUACAGUUUGUCAAACACGUGCGGACCUGGGAGAAUUUCAAAGCACUGUUCCAACUUCCAUUAACCGGGCGAACCUUCUGGGCUCUGGCGGGUCCGACUUCAGAAUGGGGACCUGCCGGGGCGGAAUAUAGGCAUAAGGAUGCUGGCACCAUCGCGAUGGAGGAGCGUAUAAGACGGAAGGAGAGCCAAGCAUACGAGAAUACCUGUGACUUGGCUUAUGAAUCGAACAUUUGAGAAAGUGAUACCCGGCCGAUCACUGCCUGACGAAUUUUUUUCAUUUCAACUGCCUGACACGAGUAGUAGAAGGCCAAAUAAUUGUCCAUCGUAUAUGGAUGAGAUGCAGAAGUCCUUAGUCAUCUAAUUCGGGGAUGGCAUGAUGGAGUUUGCAUGUGGUAAAUGGUAUAAAUACCUAUGUAUAAUGCAAAUAGUCCAGUUCCGUCCGCAUCUUAAUUCGCAAGACUGACUUUUAGUAAACUUUGUCAAUUUUAUUUUUGUACCUUUUAUAAUGUUUUAUGUACAAAUUUGCGUAAUAAAAGUAGUAGUUUAUCA